AUGUUGCUGCAGGAACUGUGGCUUGAGAAAUUGGGUUGGGACGACCCUUUAUCUGAGAAACUAUCUUCAAGGUGGAUCAAAUUCAAGGAAGAGCUAGCUCAACUCCCCGAGAUCUCAAUCCCUCGAUGGCUCAAUCUCACAUCAACCUCAACAACGGAAAUUCAUGGAUUCUCGGACGCAUCACAACUCGCAAUGGCAGCUGUUGUUUUUCUCAAAACCUCGGAACCAAACCAAGAAUCAAAAGUUACAUUUGUUUGUGCCAAAACCAAGGUUGCUCCCCUCAAACGUCUAACCAUUCCAAGGUUGGAACUCUCGGCUGCUCAACUCUUGGCACGACUUGGGAACUACGUUCAACGGACCCUGGAAUUAUGUCAAGUUCCAGUAUUCCUGUGGACAGACUCAUCGGUAGCCCUCACUUGGAUCAACAGCCACCCCUCUCGUUGGAAGGAAUUUGUACACAACAGGGUAUCUUCGAUCCAUGACCUCGUCCCUCAAGGUCAAUGGAGAUUCAUCAAAGGAAAAGAAAAUCCUGCUGACUGUGCAUCAAGGGGCCUAUCAAUUCAACAACUCUCUCAACAUCACCUCUGGUGGAAUGGUCCACCAUGGCUCAAGGACAUCAAGGAAAACUGGCCCUCAUCAACCUCAAGGUCGGAUUCAUCAGCUCAAGUCGAAGAAAGACCAGGAUUAACAUUUACUGUUACCACCUCUCACCCCCAAUUGUGGGAUCUGAUUCAUCAAUACUCAGAUCUGCACUCAUUGUUAAAAAUCACCUCAAUUUGCCUCAGAUUUCUCGCUAUUCUCAAAAGGAUUCCCAACUCUUCUCUGGCCAACCCAAUCGGACUCAAGGAUCUCGAUCUUGCAAGGACAUUCUGGAUCAAGAAUAUUCAAGUGGCCUACUUCUCAGCAGACAUCAAGGAUCUCAAUCGAGGCACAAAAUUCUCAAGGUCUCAUCCGCUUUCCAAACUCAAUCCAUUCAUCGAUCAUCAAGGUAUUCUCAGAGUCGGAGGUCGACUCAAACACUCAAGUUUGGAUCACGAAAGCAAACAUCCUGCUAUUCUACCCAAGGAUUCUCCCCUCACUCGACUUCUGAUAGCGGAUGCUCAUUCAAGGACUCUUCACGGAGGAACUCAACUCACCUUGGCUCAUCUAAGGAAUUCCUACUGGAUCAUCGGAGGAAGACAACCAGUAAGGUCAUUCAUUCUCAAGUGCAUUCCUUGUGCUCGACAAAGAGGAAUUCGUGCUCAACAACUCAUGGGUCAACUACCUUUGGAAAGAAUCACCCCUUCAAGGCCAUUUCUCACUUCUGGGGUUGACUACGCCGGUCCAAUCACCCUCAAAUCCUGGACAGGUCGUGGAGCUAAAACGAAAAAGGGAUGGAUUUGUCUCUUUGUGUGCUUCUCAUCAUCGGCUCUGCAUCUCGAGGUAGUGACGGAUUAUUCCACCAACGGAUUUCUCGCAGCCUACCGCCGAUUUGUCUCAAGGAGAGGUAUUUGUCAAACACUCUACAGUGAUUGUGGUACCAACUUCAUCGGCGCGGACACUACUCUCAAGCAACUCUUCAAGGACGGAUCUCAAGAAGCCAAGGAACUCUCUCAACUACUGAUCAAGGACGGCACCUCCUGGAAAUUCAACCCUCCAGCAGCUCCACACAUGGGUGGAAAAUGGGAAGCUGCCGUGAAAUCAAUCAAGUAUCAUCUCAGAAGGACGAUCGGCGAGACGAUUUUGACGUUCGAGGAAUUUACGACUCUUCUUACGCAAAUCGAAGCGGUUCUCAACUCCCGACCAUUGGAACCUCUUACAGAGGACCCUGACGACUUGUCAGUUCUCACACCAGGACAUUUUCUCAUCGGGGAACCACUCACAUCAAUACCGGAACCAUCCCUCUUGGACCUGAAAACUUCAAGGUUAACAAGGUGGAAAUUGAUUCAACAACAAGCUCAAUUUUUCUGGGCGAAGUGGUCCACCUGUUAUCUUCAACAACAACUCGCUAUCUCCAAGUGGCAUCAUCCAACACAUCAAAUCAAGGUUGGUUCUCUAGUUCUCCUCACUGACGAAAGGUUCCCUCCCUCAAAAUGGCCUUUAGCUAGGGUCACUGCAUUACACCCUGGCAAGGACGGUCUCACCAGAGUCGUUUCAAUUAAAACUGCAACGACACAUCUCAAACGACCAAUCACCAAGUUGGCUGUGCUCCCCAUCUCGACGGAAGAAGCUCUCAAGGACAACAACUCAACCUAA